CCAUUAAAUAAUAUGUCACAUAUCAAUUCCGUCUAUAAUCAAUACCAUCAAUCGAAUAGAAAGUAAUUGUAGAUCGUAAUUUUACCAAAAGUGAAAUAGGAAACUUUUCGAGAUUAUUAUAACCAGCUCCAAUGUUUCUAAUCAUCAUGGAAUUAUGCGACUGUUACUUAGUUUGAAGAAAGUGGCUAUUAUCUUAUCGCCUCGAUAGUACAAAAGGGUGUAUUUAGUUUUUAUUAAAGACGACUAGUAUGAGAAUUUGAAUCAUAGCCUCAUAUACUUCAACUUCUUUUUAGUAUAACGAUUAUAAUAAUUUCAAAAGUAAAGCUUUAAUUUAACAUCUUGGUUUCUCAAUUACAUACAUUUUAUGGAUUUCAAAAGACCCAAUUUACACAAGGCCCAAUUUACACUGGAAUAGGUAAAAAAGUUUGUGGUUCGUCCAUUUACACAUCCAUGGUGAUCUACAAGUGGGAUUUAAACCCCAACUCUAGGUUACUUGAGAAGGUUUCAUCCACUUGGACUGGCUUUACUCACGAUAGUAGAACAUUUUAAUUGGACAUCAUGCAAAUUUUAAUUUGAUUAUCAAGGGAAAUGAUAUAUAAUUUCAGUUUGUAGUUGAUACUAGGGAUGUUUUUGGUAGGUGCUUUCAGAUACACUGCAUGUCGUCUAGUAUUUGUAGGUAUACAAACAGAGUGGAAGAUAUGAGAAUUAUUUCAUUUAUUAUUAGUAAAAGGAGUAUAAUUCAAGCAAUCUUGAUGGAAAAACCUUAAUUAAAUGGAAAGAAAAAGAUUCCAUGGUGUAUCCGAUGCACUUUGGGAACAUCCAAAAAUAUAUUAAUUAUAUGAUAAACCCACACCCGCCCACACAACCACACUAAGGUACACGUAGUUCUUGUACUGUUGCUGUUGAUUUUAUAUAAUUGUUGAUUGACUUGGAAGUUUCGAAGACUUUUCCUAUCACCUUUUCUAUAAAUAGGUUUGUUGAUUUGGCUGUUUAGAAAUGAUUUCUGUAGCAUUAGUUGAUCGCAAGGUUGUUAAUUAAUUAGUCAUUUGUUGGGUGUUUGAUGGUACAGAAACGACCAUUUGUUGAGGGGGAAGAGGAUGGUUACAAAGUCCUUAAUCGUGAAGCCAAGCACAGAAUUGCCUCCUCAAAUUUUGCUAGAAAUGUGAUGCAUGGCCUUUCAUCACAAGAAUUAGCAUCGGCUUUGGAACCAUUGAUUCGAGGAUGGGUGCGAGAAGAGGUGCAGCGUGCAUGCCAAAGCUUCUGCUGUUCAUCACCAAGAUCUCCCUUUAAUGCACUUGAACCAUGUGGCACAACGUCCUUGCAGCUUCGUUUUCAGACCAAGUUGCCUCCGAUGUUGUUCACAGGCAGCAGGGUGGAAUCUGAGGACAAUAAUGCUGUCGAACUAGUGUUAUUUGAUACCGAUUCCAAUAAAAUUGUAUCAUCUGGAGCGUUAUCUUCAUUGAAGAUAGAGAUUGUUCCCCUAGAUGGUGAUUUCCCUGCUGAUGAUGAAGAUUGGUCUCCGAAGGAUUUCGAGGACAAAGUUAUAUAUGCAAGAGAUGGGAAAAGGCCACUAGUGACUGGGGAUUUGGUGGUGCCUCUGAAAGAUGGAGUUGGGAAUCUAGGGGAAGUCUACUUUACUGAUAAUUCAAGCUGGAGAAGGAGUAGGACGUUCAGGUUAGGAGCAAGAACCCAGAAUAAUUAUACUGGUGUGAGAAUUAGAGAGGCAAGAAGCGACGCUUUCAUAGUAAAAGAUCAUCGUGGGGAAUCAUACAAGAAACACCAUCCUCCAUCUUUGGGUGAUGAAUUAUGGCGCUUGGAAAAGAUUGCAAAAGAUGGUGCUUUUCAUAGGAGAUUGGCGUCAAAUAAAAUAUAUACCGUGAAGGACUUCUUACAGAUGUAUGUUACUAAUGAGUCCUCACUACGCAAGAUACUUGGCGGGUCCUCUAACAAGACAUGGGACACGAUUAUCAAGCAUGCCAAAGCUUGUGUUUUAGAUGACAAGCUGUAUAUGUAUAGCUGUGGUGCAGAAGGGAUCAGGCUUUUGUUUGAUUCCAUUUUUAAGAUCGUGGGUGCAACCUUUGAUGGCCAAAAUUACUUGUCUCUGGAAGAACUUGAUGGAUUUCAGAUGUCUCUGGUGGAAUCUUUAAAGAACCAGUUUUACAAGAAUUUGGAUGGGGUGGUACCAAUGGAUGACCUGUCUGUUUUCGAAUCCUCAAUGCUAACAUCCGUUUUGCACGGUGACCCUCUUAGAAGUUGUGCUAGUUUGGUUCUGCAGGAUGUUAAUAUCCCAACUCUGCACCCAGAGCAACCGCAAGUUCAACCACAACCACAAAUGCAAUUGGCUUCAGCCCCACACGAUUAUGGGUUGUAUAAUGGCAGCCAAUCAGAAGUCUGCAUAUCAGCAGGAGGUUCCUCUAUGCAAUUCUUUUCUCCGUCUCUGAGGAACAGCUUCAUAAUGAGAGAUUUCUGGAACGGACCUUAUGGCGAAGGAUGUAGUUCAGGCCCAGGUAUGCCAUCUGGUCCGCCGCCUGCUGAUUUUGAUUUUCAAACCGGGUCGUCCUUUUGGCCAGGAAAUGCGUUGUGCAGUGCUCCACGUAACCAAACUGUAGAUACUGUUUCCUCUGAUUUUGGUAUAUGUUUCCCAAGGAACAGAUCACCCAGGGCAAGGUGGUGCAAGAUUAGAGCAGCUGUGAAGUGGGUUUCUGUGAUGCGAAAUGUGGCUGCAAAAAGAAUGGCAGAGCUGUAUCCGUAUCUCGAUUUCUCAGCUUAAAUCUGGCAACCUCAAAUGGCUUGGAGGUGUGCUUCCUAUAAAUGUUCCUUUGUUAAAUUUGUUCAUUAUUUUUUUUUGACAAUUAUGGGGUUCUGUUUGUAACAUAGGUUAUCAAGUAUAGUUGUAAAAGCAGUUGUACCGAAGUUUAGGAGGGAAGUUCCUCCUAUGGGGUAUGUUUUUGUGGAUGGAUCGGUUACUGUGCGAUCACCGCUCUUUUACGCUUUUGCAACAUGUACAAUGCUAUGUGAUGUUGAUGUUUAAAUGGUAAUAAAAGCUUUUAGAUCAUCGUGGUCAGACUGAUCUUUUUGAUGUGU